UCGUUGGUGCUUUAAGGAGCACCUGUCGUCCCAGCAUCCCUUGCGUGUCCAAUAUGGAAGAACUGGAGGUGGAGGUCCGUGGCUCCAACGGAGCUUAUUACAAGGGCUUGGUCAAAGAUAUCCACAAUGAUUCGCUCACCAUUGCCUUUGAAAACAACUGGCAACCAGAACGACAAGUGCCCUUCAGUGAUGUCAGGAUGCCGCCUCCUGCUGAUGCUAAGAAGGAGAUUAAGGAGGGUGAAGAGGUGGAGAUCCUCUCCAGGGCCAAUGAGCAGGAGCCUUGUGGUUGGUGGCUGGCUAAAGUCUGCAUGAUGAAAGGAGAUUUCUAUGUGAUUGAAUAUGCUGCCUGUGACGCUACCUACAACAAGAUAGUGACCUUUGAGCGCCUGCGGCCAGUCAACACUAACAAGGAAAUCACAAAGAAUUACUUUCACAAGUGCAGUAUCCACGUUCCUCAAGAUCUACAAGAGGCGUGCCAGAAUGAUAAUGCCCAUAAAGACUUUAAAAAAGCUGUGGGAGCCUGUCAAGUUUCAUACUGCCCCGAGACCAGCCAGCUAAUCAUUGUGUCCACUAAUGAGUCAACAGUGAAGCGUGUAUCUUUGCUGAGUGACAUGCACCUCCGCAGCCUCAGAACCAAGCUUCUGCUAAUGUCUCGCAACCAGGAAGCAACCAAACACCUUGAGAACUCCAGACAGCUGGUGUCAUCCUUUCAGGAGGAGUUUACGGUGAGGCCAGAUUUGAUGGGACUGGCCAUUGGUAGUCAUGGCAGUAACAUUCAGCAAGCACGGAAAGUUGCAGGUGUCACUGCUAUUGAUUUGGAUGAGGAGACUGCUACCUUCAGAAUUUAUGGAGAGACGGCAGAAGCAGUGAAAAAGGCAAGGAACCUUCUAGAAUUUCUGGAGGAUUCUGUCCAGGUACCAAGAAAUCUUGUUGGUAAAGUCAUUGGUAAGAAUGGAAAGGUCAUUCAGGAGAUUGUGGACAAGUCUGGAGUGGUCAGGGUCAGGAUAGAAGGAGACAAUGACAACAAGCAACCUCGGCAAGAAGUUGUGUUGACACAGGGAAUGGUCCCCUUUACCUUUGUCGGUACGAGGGAGAGUAUUGGAAAUGUUCAGGUUUUAUUGGAGUACCACAUCGCUUACCUCAAUGACAUGAUGGAGCUUCUUGCACAGAGCCAGCAGCUAGAGGAAGAGCUGAGACAGAUUGUGGAUAUUGCACAAGGAUGCAACCUAGCACGAUUGAGAAUAAGUCGCUCACGGCACACAGGAUGUGUAGAUGAGGUUGAACAGCUUCGGCUUGAGCGGAUGCAGAUUGAUGAACAGUUGCGUCAGAUCACUCAGGGCCAUCGAACAGCAGACAGGGAAAGGGGCGAUCGGGGGGAGCGAGGAGGAGGAGGAGGGUAUAACACAGAUGGCAGUGCCACCGCUUCAUCUUCGACGUCGCACGGCGGUCGUUCCUACAAUAGCCGGGGUCGUGGACGCAGAGGCCACAACUACAGCACAGGAUAUGGCACCAACUCCGAGCAGUCCAAUGCUUCCGAGACUGAUGGUGAGCGUCGAGAUGAGGUCAGCGAUUGGUCUCUGGCUGGAGAGGAGCAGAAUAGGGAAAGGGAAAAAGGCCCACGUCCACAUAGGGACAGUCGCAGGCGACCAGGACCAGGCAGAGGACGAGGAGGACGAGGAAGAGGAGGAUACAGUAACAGCUCAGCAGGUCCUCGGGAUGACAACAGCGCGUAUGUUGCCUCGGAGACAAACACAGAGACUGACCAGACCGCUGAUACAGAUGCGAGUGAAUCCAACUUGCUUGUCAACCGUCGGCGAAGAUCUCGACGACGUAGAACAGAUGAGGAUGCCACUAUGAUGGAUGGCAUGAGCGAGUCGGACAAUGCUUCAAUGAGUGAAAAUGGAAUAGAUGACUCUGAAGCUCAACCUCAACGCCGUAAUCGUAGUAGACGACGUCGUAUUCGCUUGCCUGAAGAAAGGCAGCCAGUGACAGUGGCUGACUUCAUGUCCAGGGCCGACUCUCAGAGCAGACAGAUGACCACCAAGGACACCAAGAAAAACAAGGAUGAGGCUCAGGUGAAUGCCAUAGCAGAGCACAGCCCAGAGGCUGCCUCCACAACCACCAAUGGUUCCAGCGCUACAGAAAGUGAGAACAGUGCCGCCCAGGCCCCAAACCCUUCCACUGAGGGGUCCAGCCAAGGCGACCCUGACCCCAAGUCUGCUGUCAACGGUCUCUCUUAGUCAGACCCAAGCAAAAGAAAACGGUUUCUCAUAUUUCAGCUUUUCUGCUAUUGUUUGGAAUCUCAGUCGAUUGAGUGAGUCUUGGAUGUUAAGAUGGCAGCAGGAACUGUUCUUUUUUUAUAUUAGGGAAAUUUGAAACCUGUUCCACUGUGCACAUUAUGGUGGUCUGUACUCACAGCACUCCUUUACACACUCCUCUUCGCCUGUUCGACUAUCCAUGCAGUUAGUCUAUUUCUUAUAGCAGCUCUUCCUGUAUAAGCUUGCCAAAGAUAGUCUAACACACAGACUCUAUGUAAAUGUUCAUUUUUCAGUCCAAGGAAUGGGUGUGAAGGCAGUAUUUACAGUAGUCAGGGAUUCCACUCAAACCCAUACUGUGGUAUUAAUGCAGCACUUCUUUUUUUGGUAAGGGCUUUUUUUUGGUCCCUUUUUUAAGUCUGCAGUUUCCAGCGGGACAGGAAGAAGCUUCCAAAACAUUUUCAGGAUAGUACGUGCAUCUGUAGUCGUUUGCACUUCCAAUUGUUUUGUGCAUGGGAAAUGCCACAGUGCAGCUGGGUCGAUUGGAAGCCCCUGUAUGCUUGACGUUGAUGUGAUCAGCUGUUGUGCCUUGAGAAUAGUUUGAACCUGAUCCGCACAAUAUCUGUAAUCUUUUCGCUUGGUUUCAGUAGUUGAUGCUCACCCGCAACAGUUGGACCAGACGGCUUUUCUUAAGUGUUUGCUUGGCACCGCGGGCUGGCGAACGCAACCACUGAAAUGACCCGGAAAAGAAUUUCAGAUCCAUAUCUUCUAAAGUCAGGUGUGACUGUUCUUAAUGUUUAUCCUUUCUAUACUAAUAAGUUUGAUGUAGCUGCUUUCUCUUUUUCUAUAUGCAAGUUGUUCACAAGGAAAUGUUACAGCAUAUCUGGAAAAGAAACAUUAGGAGAGUUGAUUCCUUUGCACUGAAACUUAUCUUUCUGUCAAGAAUUGUAUUUGGAAACUGCCUUGUUCCUGUUAAGUGCUGAACAGAGAUGUAGCUAACAAGUGCUGUUUCUUCACUUUAGUUUGGCUGGACGACUAUUCCACAAAGGAAGGGUUAUUUAUUUUAUGUACAGUAUUUAAAGAAAAAAAAUAGAAAAAGGUAAACAAAAGGCAACCUCUUAACUUGACACUAAAAACUACAUCAUGAGAGGCUCUGACACAGUAUGACAAAUUUGGACUACUCAGAGUUCCGCCAGCUCAACUUCUUCUGUUGAGUCAACAACAGUAUUUUUAUUUAAAUUUUUUUGUAAAGGAUCAUUCUGGUUGGUUGAUGUGCAAUAUGUUUUGUAUGCAGGUAGUUCUUAAAUAAACUGGAUCUUCUCUGUAGAUCUAAAA